UGGGGGGGAUAAAAGACUGUAAGUGAUCAAUGGAGGCGGCAGCCAAGUGAUGCCCGGGGGACGGCUUUGAUGUGGGCAACCUCAGAGGGAUGCCAGGGACAAUGCCCUCUUUGAGGCGCAUGCAGAAUGGCAGACACUUCCCUCUCUCUCGCUCUCUCUCUCACUCAACCUCCCUCCAUCUCCUGCUCGCUCCGCUCACACUGUGACUCUUCGGUUCAGACGCCUGUUGGCGUUUCUUUCGCUCCACAUUCCUUUACUCCAGUGUCACAUCAGCCCAUAUCCUUAUCUGCAUAACUUUCUCCCUCUUCCUCUCACAUUAAUUAAUUCAAACAACACCCCCUUCCCUGCUGCCCAGCCAAUCACUCCGCCUUCCCGUCCCCCCCGUCCCCUAUCUGUAUCUCUCCCUCCCUCUGUCUCCUUUCAUAGAACCAAACCCCUUUGUAAUUUCCAGCCUUGGCAAGUUGCGCCCGAUUUGCUGUCACAGUCUUAAUGAAUUCAUCUGUUUGUGUAUUGGCCAUGGGAGCAUUUCUCCCUCCCUCCCCCUCUCUCUUUCCUAUCCUCUCCCCCCUCCCUCUUGCUGGUGUUCCCCUGCGGACUCUAUAUAUACCAGGGACAACUCCAGGCACCUAUUGUUCCUCUAAGUAAACUUACAGACAGAUGCACUGCACCACAUUGUGGGAGAGAGCCCAAAGAGUCAGGAGGAGGGAGACAUUUAGCAAUUGCAGAGAGCAAACAGACAAUAAGGAACUGGAAACACUGCAGGCUAGCCUCAUCUCCAGGACCUCUGCAUCCUCUUUCCGUGUGUCUCCUGCCUGCCUGCUUAUUAUCACUGUGGAGUGGAGGUCUGAUGUUCUGACACCAUGCUGCUUCUGCUAUCACUGCUGCUUAUGGGACUUGAUUGCUUGCUGGGAGCCCCAACAGGGCGAGAGGUCUACAGGAUGCCACAGAGUGCGCUCAAAGCUCUGUCUGAACGUGGCACUGUUGUUCUAGAGGCGGCCAUGGCUAGUGCCCUGUCCGCUCUCGAGCGUGCAUCAUCUGAGAGGAGUCGGGCUGAAGCAGGCUGCCGGGGCUGUGCUCCCUGUUUGUUUCAGGACUGUGGACAGCUGUCUGGGUCCUGCUCGUCUCCUGCCAGUGCCUUAUCAGAGCCCAGCUGUGAUGUCAUCAGUAAGGCCCAGAAGCUUCAAGAUGAAGCUGAGCGGAGUUGGGCUCUGAGCCAGGCCUGUGCCUACUAUCAGCAUCGCUGCCCACCAGGUGAACUGGACAAGGAGAGCUGCAUCAGGAUCAUGGGUGAGAGUUGCAGCGCCCGUGUCCUCCAGUGCAGCCUGCUUAACACAAUGCAGAACCUGGAACCUGCUACACAGACGCAUGCACAGGCAGCAGUGUGUGGUCAGAGGUUGCCCACGGGGCUAAACAUCACACAGCCUCGCUCCCGGAUUGUGGGCGGCUCUCCUGCUCCUCCAGGCAGCUGGCCAUGGCUGGUCAACCUCCAGCUAGAUGGUGGCCUGAUGUGCGGAGGGGUCCUGGUGGACAGCUCCUGGGUUGUCACUGCUGCUCAUUGUUUUGCCGGCUUCUCUUAUUCUUCUGACCUCUGUAGCAGCCGCAGUGAGAGCUACUGGACAGCUGUGGUGGGGGAGUUUGACAUCACCAAGACUGACCCUGAUGAGCAGGUUCUCAAAGUGAACCGCAUCAUCCCUCAUCCUAAGUUCAACCCAAAGACAUUUAAUAACGACAUAGCCCUGGUGGAGCUUACAUCUCCAGUGGUCCUGUCCAACCGUGUCACCCCCGUGUGUCUCCCCUCUGGCGUGGACCCCCCUACUGGCAGUCCAUGUCUGGUGGCAGGCUGGGGCUCCCUCUAUGAGGACGGUCCGUCUGCUGACGUGGUGAUGGAGGCCAAGGUGCCCCUGCUGCCUCAGAGCACCUGUAAGAGUGCCCUUGGUAAAGAACUGGUCACCAAUACUAUGCUGUGUGCUGGCUAUCUCUCUGGAGGCAUAGACUCCUGUCAGGGAGAUUCUGGAGGCCCCCUUAUCUACCAGGACCGAAUUUCAGGUCGGUUCCAACUCUAUGGCAUUACCUCCUGGGGAGACGGUUGUGGGGAGAAGGGCAAGCCUGGAGUCUACACGCGGGUGUCUGCUUUCUCUGACUGGAUUCAGGCUGAGAUACAAAAGUCAUUUGGAAGCAGGGAGCCAACAUGUCCGGAGCUUCUAAAGACAACAGAAAUGACGGAGGAGGGACAGAGGUCAGAGUUCACCUCUCUUUGUCACUUCUAUACCCUGACCUGUCCCCCUGGUCAGUCUGAUAGCGCUUGCAGCCGAAUGGCAGAGGAUAAGUGCCUCACCCGCUUCAAGAAAUGUCAGUUGCGUUCGUUCCUGCAGACCUUGUUGGACUUGCUCCAGAGGGCCGAGGAUUACAUCAGGGACAAAGUCGACUUGACGUUCUUCACCCAGACUCUGCCUCAGCUGGUGGAGCACAUAUACAGCACAGCUUUCACCCACACCAGAGAGAGGAGGGACCUGGGCCUGAGCCAUGGUCGCACACAGAUUGAAGAACAGCUAGGUGGAGCUGUGGUGCCAACUGAGCAGGGUCCUUCUCCAGUUCCUCCAGCCUUAUUCAGAGAGGUGGGACCCUCAGUGGAUGACUGGGAGAAAUACCUGAGGAACACGGCUGAGGACCUGGACAAACAGCAUUCUGACACAUCCACAGACAUCUCCUCCACAACAACAAGACAGGAGGACAACCUUUUCUUACAGACGGAGGACUCAUUAGUACAUCAGCUGGAGGGAGAAUUCCGAUCUGUUAUUGUAGCUCUUCGCUCUAAAUUGGCCUCCAGAGCUGCUCCUCCCAUCCUGCACUUGGAUACAGUCUACCUCCAGGAGGAGUCUCCCAACAGCCCCCCUUUUCCUACGUCUUCCACUGCUGCACCGGUCCACACCGGCCACACCUCCUCCUCCCCAGAAUCCCAGCAGCCAUGGUCACUUCUAACAGCCCUGAUGAAUGAAAUUCAGACAUUAAGAACACAAGAUGACAUUGUGACAGCAGAUGCAUCACAAAGUGAAACGUCAUCCGAUAGCGAAGCGUCUCUUGGUGUCAAAUGGAGCGCCAUGUCAGAGGAUUUUACUUUUGUUAAAAAUGAAGAUAGAACAGAAUUAAAAUCAAAGUUACCACUUCCAGCGCAGUCAACAACUGACGUUCAACCGAUCACUGAGGGCGCUCACACAGAGACGACUGCUGACCCCAGACAAACUGUGCAUGCUGUAAAGACUUUAAGUCUUCGCAGAAAAUACAGGAGCCUUCUGCGCAAGAGGCAGAUACCAGGGGCCAGUGGGAAAAUUUGUCCUGGAGUGAGAGAGUCCUCACAGCAAGUCAGCCAAGUCAGAGACACUUACAGCUGGGUCUUAAGCAUCCCAAGCAAGAACGUACACAUGAGCUUCCAAGAGGUGUUAGUUGAUCUGGGCUCUAAGAAUGAUCGAGGACUUUACCAGGCGCGGGUCAGAGCAGUAGUGGGAGGACGUCCUUUGACCUUCUACAGUCUCGUGGGCCUGGAGAAUGAGUCAUUCUACCGCAGUGUGCCAAGGAUCAUUGCUUUGGCACUAGAGGCACUUAAGACUUAACUUUAUCAUAACAGCAAGUGAACAAAUAAAUGAAAGAGGAUAGUACAAAGACUCUCAAAGAGACCUGUUUGAAAAGAACCCCCCUUGUUCAUGGGACACAGAGACGCACAUAAAACGCACACGAACAUUACCUGGGGUCUCCUGUGAAAAGCAUGAUUUUGUUUUCCCCAUCUGAGAGCCUGACUUUGGCUCAAAAUGAAAACACAACCAUGAAUGUAUCAACCCAACUACUGGCCACCCAUCAUGCCAUGCAUUUUGUUUUGUUUAUGUGGUUGGAGACACAGCCUUGUCUAACUUAUGAAUCUGUACAAAAUGAUAAGUUAUUCAUAUUGUCUUUUGCAAAGGUUGAGCCUCUUGUAAAGCACACAGACUGUACAUAUUAUUCAUAUUCUU